GCGAGGGUUUGAUGACUAAGACUCUACUCUGUAUAAAUACAACAUCUACAACCCCAACCAGCAGCACAGUUCAGACAGGCAGCAACAGGGACCAACUUCCAAAACACAGAAGACAUCACUGAAGUGGAAACUUUGCCGAUCUUCUGAGAUUUUUUUUCUUUUGACUUUGGUUCACACUUGACUAUCUGUCUUUGAAGUUAGUUUUAGCAUUUUUGUUGCAUUUUGUGCCGCAGCAGAGCUCGCCAUGAGGUGCUGUGCGUUAGUGGUGUGUUUACUUUUGGGAAUAGGCGUGCAGAACGGAUGGAGCCGUCCUGUCAAGUCGGUCCUUGUCACCUCCCCAGGGAACAUCGUCAAAAAGGUGGCAGAUGUGGAGCUGGCACAAAGUUAUCUGAAAAAGUUUGGUUACAUGGGGACGGAGCAGCACGGUGGCUUCAAGUCCAAGGUGUCCAUAGGAAAGGCUCUGAAGAUGAUGCAGAGACAGAUGGGUUUGAAGGAGACUGGAAACCUGGACAAGCCGACACUGAAGGCCAUGAAGCGACCUCGCUGUGGUGUUCCUGAUGUGGCCAAUUACCUCGUAGCUGGCGGGAUACACAAAUGGGACCAUAACAAUAUUACAUACAGGAUCCUGAACUAUUCUCCCGACAUGGACAGCAAUGUGACUGAUGAUGUCUUUGCAAGAGCAUUCAGGGUGUGGAGUGAUGUCACUCCUCUGACAUUUACCCGCCUUCUUCAAGGCGAUGCAGACAUCAUGAUCUCCUUUGAAACAGGUGACCACGGGGAUCAAUUUCCCUUUGAUGGUAAGCGUGGCCUUCUAGCUCAUGCCUUUCGUCCAGGUGUGGGCAUUCUGGGGGACGCCCACUUUGAUGAUGACGAAGACUGGACUCUAGGAAAAGGAAAUG